AUGGCAAGGGAAGGCAGCAUGAAGAGCAUCUUGGACACGACCACUAUAUCUGUCACAUGUAUACAUGUAAGGCUACGCAGUCUGCUCUUGACCUCCAACAGGAAGCGGUACCUUUAUUUAUUUAAAAUAUCCCAUUAUUACUCCUUCCAUGGACGGGAGCAGCAUCUGGGUAGACUACUCUGCUCGCUAUCUUUACCAGGGCCCACGGGUGUCCAGAGGGAAGGGACCGCUGAUGCACGGCCAUAUUCAAAUAUCAGCCGCACGUGGCAUGAUCUUGAGAUCGGGUCAAUCGACGCAGACAUCUGGGGUGCCAAUGGAGUGCUGGGAGUUAUGUUAUGUAUGGUUAUGCAGCAUAAAUCUAUAAAUAUAGAUGAUGCUCGGCCAGACCAGACCAGACCAGACAUGAGACAGACAGUCAGCCUCUUGUUUCAAACGGAGAUACUUAUUCCUGCCUCGCGUGUAAGAUUACAUCCGCCGUCCGUCGGCAGGGCCCAAACAGGUUACGUCUCGGCUGAAUGGACCCUGAACAGGCUGCACAACGAUCAACGAACUCCUCCAACGCCUCCCCACACGUGGCAAGGGUAUGCAGCAGGGAAACAAAUUGGAAGGAAGCACGAAAGAACAAAAAAGGAAGACGGUAGAAGGCGACGAGACGAGCGCUGCCAGCCUUAUCCGGCCAACCGAGGCCAGACAAGACGAGACUCGACUUCGUAG